AUGAAGUACAUUCGAUUCACAAAUCCACAUGUUCUUUUUCUUCUUCUUGUUUCUGCCGAGCUCACUUUAUUCGUUUUUCGGCUCAUUUUUAUUGGAAAGAUGUGGCCAUCACUUCAUCAAGUGGUGGAUAAGUGUUCGUAUCGACACUUUCGAGAACGAAUCAAGGUGAUUGGCUCGGCAAAACAUUCAAUUUUAUGGCUGAAUUGGCUUGUUGAUCAAAAUGAGCAUCAAUGCAACGCUAUCUUUGUGCAUAAUUCGAAAAGUGUCGCAAUGGAACGAGAGCUGAAGCGAUAUACCAGAAAAUGUGUGAUUUAUUCGUUGAGUGACAAGCAUACGGAGAUCGCCCGUUACCAAGAUCCUCGAUACAGUGUGCUCACCUUAAAACAAAAUGUGAGCUCUAGAGCAAGACAUCUAGGGUGGGGAGUUGAUCAUUAUGCCCGAGAUGCGGAUUCUGUUGAUUUGGCCUAUUUUACUGUUGUUCAAGUCCAUAAACUUCGUUAUGACUCUAUCAAUAUCUUCUACGACGGAAGUCAACACAUCAAAUCGUUAUUCACAAAGUCGCCAUUCGAUGAUGCUAACUUGGCAACGUGCCAGUUCAAUAUAAUUUACAAUCGCCCGANAGGCCGUCUGGCUCGUCGUGAUUUCCGUUACAACUGGAAACGUCUUCUCUACGAUCGUCGUUACUUGGUAGCUGGUGUUCGAAAAGUCAGAGGAUCAGAUGACGCUUUGGCCAUUCUACUUUUGAAUAUUAGNUGA